CAUCGUGCCCUGCAGCCUCUCUGGAUGCAGAAGCUGGACUCACUGCAGAGGCAGCUGUGCUGUUCCCAGAGCCCGGCUUCUGGGGUUCAUCCAGCUCACGGGGUUGGCCGAGGCUGGCUCCAAGUUCCAGGGACACUCGAGGUGGGUGCCAUCCUUUCUGGGUGCCAACAGCAGAGCCCACCUCUCCUCUGCCACCAUGAGCGGCUGCUCCAAAAGAUGCAAGCUUGGGUUCGUGAAAUUUGCCCAGACCAUCUUUAAGCUCAUCACUGGGACCCUCACCAAAGAUAAGAUUGAAGAUGAGCUGGAAAUGACCAUGGUCUGCCAUCGGCCUGAAAGACUGGAGCAGCUCGAGGCCCAGACCAACUUCACCAAGAGGGAGCUGCAAGUCCUUUAUAGAGGCUUCAAAAAUGAGUGCCCCAGUGGUGUGGUCAAUGAAGAAACUUUCAAACAGAUCUACGCCCAGUUUUUCCCUCAUGGAGAUGCCAGCACGUAUGCCCAUUACCUCUUCAACGCCUUCGACACCACCCAGACAGGCUCCGUGAAGUUUGAGGACUUUGUAACUGCUCUGUCGAUUUUGCUGAGAGGAACCGUCCAUGAAAAACUAAGGUGGACGUUUAACUUGUAUGACAUCAAUAAGGAUGGGUACAUAAAUAAAGAGGAGAUGAUGGACAUUGUCAAAGCCAUCUAUGACAUGAUGGGGAAAUACACAUAUCCUGUGCUCAAAGAGGACACACCAAGGCAGCAUGUGGACGUCUUCUUCCAGAAAAUGGACAAAAAUAAAGAUGGCAUCGUGACUUUAGAUGAAUUUCUUGAAUCUUGUCAGGAGGAUGACAACAUCAUGCGGUCCCUCCAGCUGUUCCAAAAUGUCAUGUAAUGGGGGACACUCAGCCAUCUGGCUCUCAGAGACAUUGUCCUAAACCACCACCAAGACACCCUGAUCUGCCUCGUUUUGAUUUUACACACCGACUCUUGGGACAGAAAUGCAUUUUAAACACUUUGGAAGCAUUCUUUGCUGAAGACUUUCUAUGGAACCCAGCAUCAACUGGCUCAAUCUCUGAUUGCCAACCCCUCCUCCUCCCUCUACUUAAGAGAGACAUGAUGACAUUGGAGUUUGUUUUGGAAGCAUGUUCAUCUCUUCAUGCUGCUGCCCUAAGGAAGGUCCCUCUGCUUGAGCUUACAUAGUAGUGCACAAUUUUCUGCUUGCGUGCCCCUGCCCACUGCCGGCAAGUCCAGCAGACCUUGCUGAAUCUGGAAGUAGGAUGGCCUGAGCCAAAUGCACACCAUCCUCUGAUGGCCUCCCAAACCAAUGUGCCUGUUUCUCUUCCUUUAGUGGGAAGAGUGUUAUACGGAACAAUGAGAACCUAUCAUGGCCAGAUCAGGAGGGUCAGCACCUAACACACGAAAGACAAGACUGAUUUAUUAAGCACGACAUUGUCUGAUGACCCAAACUGCCUGUGUUCGUUGAUUCCAGAGGCAAGGACCAAUAACUAACUCUCUCUCUCUCUCUCUCUCUCUCUCUCUCUCUCUCUCUCUCUCUCUCUCUCUCGCAUCUGUGCUGAUAGCACAGGUCCCUUAACACGCCCAGGAAGGAAGCCAUUGCCGAGUGGUUUCUUGCCUACAUCCCACACCCUGCUAGAGCCCAGCACUGCAUGUCCCUCCCAGAAAGCUCAGAAUGCCUGCAAAUUGCUGUAAUUUUAUA